AUGAGCGAGGAAGCCAAGAUAUCACAUCGCCAACAACACCAAAGAUUUGACCGAGACACUGAUAUAGAGCAUCUCUACCAGGUCUUUUCGCCAGAGAAGUUUCAAGGCAAUCGACUGGCUAUCGUCUCGGUGAGGGGCAAUGCGCUCACACAGCAGCGCAAGUCCCUUAUUGCAAAGGAAUUCGGGUACUCGGAGACCGUGUUUUUGCAUGAUGCACCUGGACCGGGUCGUCCACGGCUUUGUGAGAUCUUCACUGAGACGGGCGAGGAGGUGCCCUUUGCAGGACAUCCGGUUAUUGGAGCUGCACAUUAUAUAUUCACCUAUAUCGACAAAUUGCCGUAUCGAGGACCCCAAGAUCGAGAUACAGGACAACAGACAGCUGUCCUCCAAACAAAAGCCGGGAGAAUCCCCAUCUUCUACAACAUCUACAGGCAAGUCGCGGCUUGCGCCGUCCCGUUCCGAUUCCAUGUCCACACAGAUCGGGUCACCAUUGAGAAGGUCAUCAGCACACAACCGCACGUUCAGAUCGUGCCCACCAUAGAAAACGUGAAAGAGAAAUCCUACCCAGUCGUCUCGAUCUUGAAAGGGAUGACCUUUGCGCUGGUGGAUUUGACCGAUGCGCCUGAAGUCCUGGCAGCGUUGCGACCAGGUCAAGCGCCUGAGGUCGAACUUGAUAAAGAUUGGUCCCCGAGUUUUGUAGGUUGCCUGUACUAUAAAAUCGUGGGACUGGCCGAUCAAGAAGGAGAGCCUACAAUUCACAACAUCCAGGCUCGCAUGAUAUCGCACGGUAUUGAAGAUCCAGGCACCGGAAGUGCAUGUUCUGCGUUGGCGUGUUACCUGUCGUUGACUUCCCGCUCGUCCCAAGGAUCGAACAAGGAGGAGGCCAGCGAGCCCUCUGCAAAUUCGGUGGAAAGGGUCGAGGCGAAAACAAAGGAUCUGAAAAUUGAGGAGAAGACGGAGAGAAUGGUGUUUGGAAUUCAGCAGGGUAUCGAAAUGGGCCGCGCGUGCACCAUCGCUGUUGAGGUUGACGUGAAAACGGAUGCCGAGAACAAGACAAGCAUUGCUAACAUCAUUCUGUCGGGAAGGGGAACGGUAUUCUCUAGUGGUCAAUUGUUGGGAGGAUGA